AUGGCGCACCUGGACCGACAGUGGCGUCAGCUGGAGCCAGGACCGGGCGCGCAUCAGCCUGGCGACUUCGACUUCACAGUUUGCACCUUCAACGUGCUCGCCGAAGGAUUGGAGCCCAGAGGCUGCGCGGUGACAUUUGAGCAGCGGAAGCAGGGCCUCUUGGAUGAAAUCGCACGCUCCCAGGCAGACAUCGUAUGCCUUCAGGAAGUUGACCAUUUUGACGACUUCUUCAGCCCUGAACUGUCGGCGUCGGGCUAUGAAGGCUACUUCGUGCCCAAAACAAAGGGGCCUCCGAAAGAAUCUGUGCUGGGUGUGACCGAGGGGCAGGCGAUAUUCGUGCGAAGCGAUCGGCUUCGUGUGCAAAAGGCGACCUGCUGGACAAGCAUCGACUUGAAGCAGAAGAAGUGGCAGAGGAAGAUUACGCCCGCGUGGCGGAAGCAAACCCGCACCCGCUCUUCUGUUGAGCUUGAGGAGGUCUUUGGAACCGAGAAAGCCCUCCAAGAGGUUCCCCAGGUGGUCCUUGGACUCUUUCUAUGCCCCCGUGGCAUGGAUGAGAUGCCCUUCCUCGUCACCAACAUGCAUUUGAAGAGCAGGGUGAGCGAUGAGCAACUUGGGAGAGCUGGUAUGUCUCAUGCUGAGUUCAAGCACUUUCAGCUCGAGUACUUCUUGCAGGCAGCCUGUCAAGCCGCUGAAGAGCUUGGCACCGGCUUUCCUGUACUUUGCUGCGGCGACAUGAACCUCAACCUCCUAGGAGACAGGGAGGCUGCCGCCCUGGUCGCCCGAAAUGGCUUCGCGGACUCUUGGGCGACCUUAGUAGGUGACGGCGACCGACCCCCAGUGGACUUCAUCCUGAAGCGUGAUCCUACUGACGCGCGACUGGUGCCCAAGGCAGCACUGGAGUCUCCUACCAUUGAGAGCCGGCAGCCUCUGCCGAACCUCCUAUACCCGUCAGACCACCUUCUUCGUGCAGUGAAGCUGUGUCUGCGGGCAUGA